ACAGUUCAUGUAUACCUUGUCCUGAUCGGUUGCCAAGCUGCGUUGGACUGCCCGAUGGUCCAAACUAUUUUGCUGGACAAAUUUGGUCCUCCUUUUAUGUGGAUUGUGUCAACAACAGGACAUAUACCAUUCAUCAAUGUAGAAAUGGAUGGUUUCAUCCUAUCCAAAGAGUCUGUGUCUCUCUUAUUCAUCCAGGAGAUGUCAUAUCUUUCUGUGCUAUGAACAAGUAUGCCACAGUUGCUGAUGGUUUAAAUGCUGCCCACUUUAUCAACUGCUCAGAUCCUAGCCCAGAACAAUCACACUACAUUCAGGAGUGUCCCUACCCUGAAUUGUUUUCUAUUGAGACUAAAAGCUGUCAAGACUUCAGGAUGGUACCGACAGACUCAAGGAUGGUUCCACAGGCACCAUGUGAAUACAGUCAGUUCCAUUGUAACAAGGGAAAUAUAUCUUGCAAGCCUUGUCCUGAAGUGCAUCACUCAUGUGUUGGUCUACCUGAUGGUGACAAUGCCAUCUCUGGAUUCAACUGGACUUCUGUGUAUAUCACAUGUUUGUUAAACAGAACCAUGGCAGAAAAAGCAUGUGAGAGUGGUGUAUUUGACCCUCAAAAGAGAAUAUGUACAACUUCUGUGAUACUUGAAAAAAUAAUACAGUAUUGCUCUGAAUAUCCAUAUGCUAUAUUGAAACACCCUGAAAACUGUGGCUGGUACUACAAUUGUUCAGCUGGAGACCAGGCCAUUGGGAAAUAUAUUGAAGAAUGUAGAUAUCCAAAGCUGUUCUCCACGAUAACAAAGCGCUGUGAGGACUUUAAAGAUGUCUAUUGUAGCUCCAGGCAUGAACCUCAAGCACCUUGUGAAUAUGUGAAAAACAUAUGUCCAUUGUCUGAGCAGAAUUGUAUUCCUUGUCCAGUAAGAUUACCAAGUUGUAUAGGACUGCCUGAUGGAUUGAAUGCAAUUCCUGGAAAUUUGUGGUCGACAAAGUAUUUAAGAUGCCGUACCAAUAGAACUAUUGGCAUCUUUGAAUGUAAAGAAGGCUUUUUCAACCCUUAUAAAAGGUUGUGUGUGGACAAGAUAUCUCCUACUUUCGUGUCAGAAUUCUGCAAGACAAACCAAGCUGCUGUGGUGGCUAGCAGCAUUAAUUGUGCUCAGUUUAUAAACUGUGCCAAAAGCAAUGAGGGUUUUAUUUUAGAAUGUAAAUAUCCUAACCUUUUCUCGGCCAGUAGCCGGAAGUGUCAGACAUUUACUGAAGUGAAGUGUGGAGGAAUUAUAGAGCCCCAGGCUCCUUGUUCUUACAAACAGAAUUUGUGUCUGGCAACAGAUUCAAGCUGUCUACCCUGCACCCAGCGACUUCCUAGCUGUGUAGGCUUAGAUGAUGGUUACCAUGGCUUUUUUGGUCAGGAGUGGUACUCAAAGUACUUUCAGUGCUAUAAAAACAGGACGAUUGAUAUUCUGAAUUGCAAUGGCUACUUUGAUCCUUCUGCGAAAAAAUGCGUAGACAAAAUACUUCCAGAAAAUGUUAAUGGAUUCUGUAAAUAUCAUCCAUCGUCACGACUCCCAAGUUGGAUUAACUGUGCCCAGUACUAUGACUGUUCUAUGAGGGAUUCCAUUUAUCAACCAUACCUUCAUGAGUGUACUUAUCCCCAGCUAUUUUCUUUAGCUACUUUACAGUGUGAAGAUUUCCAUCACAUUUCUUGUGGCGUACGAACAGAACCCAUGACUCCAUGUCAGUAUUUACAGAAUCAGUGUUCUGUAGGGGACUCUAAUUGUAUUCCUUGUCCAGCCAGACUUCCAAGUUGUCUUACUUUACCAGAUGGAGUUAAUCCGUACCCAGGCAAACAACAUUCUACUAACUAUAUACUUUGUGAUAGGAACAGGACCUUGUCAGUAGAGACUUGUCCUUUUGGCUACUUUGAUACAGCAUCCAAACGCUGCAUUAAGUUGGAAUCAUCAACAGUUUGCGUUGUAACACUGUAUGGAAGUUAG